ACCAGCCACAUGCCAGCAGCAGCCAUAGGUAAGUGUGUAACGUUACUGUUGUUCAAAGACGUUUAUAUAAGGUCCUUGUGUUGUCUUAAACUUUCCAGACUUCCAUCUACAACUUGGUACAGAAGCAGUCAUGUCUGGCAGGAGGUGCAGCUAUUGUGCCCGUCCAUGUGAGAAACAAGAAAAAGUCUGUGAGUUCUGCAGCAAGGCAACCUUCCGGUUCAAGAGACCACCCGGAGAAUCCAGCACAGCCAACACCACCUACAUGGUGAAAGACUGGACACGGGAUCAGCAGCUUCCAACAGCACUGAACCGCCUGCGGAAAGCUGAGGAGUUUACUGACAUCACUCUCAUCUGUGCGAAGGGCAAGACCUUACCAUGCCACAAAGUUGUGCUUGCCACCAAUCCUUAUUUCCAAACUAUGUUCUCCACUGAUAUGAGGGAAAGUAAAGAGAAUAAAGUCACAUUUGACCACAUUGAGGUGGACAUCAUGGCAGAGCUGGUGUCGUUUCUGUAUACGGGAGAGAUGACUUUGACAUUGAAGAAUGCUAGCAGUCUCCUGGAGGCGGCGUGCAUGCUUCAGUUUGAGCGUGUGCAGGAGAUAUGCUGUGAGUACCUGGGCCACCACAUCUGUGUGACCAACUGUCUGGAGAUGUGGGUUCUAGCUGACAUGCUGGGGUGUAGUGAACUGGCAAGCAAGGCCGAAGCUGUGGCAGUCCGCAGCUUUAAAGACCUAUGUACUGGGGAUGCUCUCUUAUCUCUUAACGAUGCAUACAUGUGUCGGUACAUGUCAUCCAAGUUUCUCCAUACCACACCUGCGGAAGCAGUGAACAUGGUGGUGAGAUGGUACACCCAUGACAGAGACAGCAGGAGAAAUGUGCUGCCUAACUUGCUGUCACAGCUGCAUCUCACCACAACUGAGCAGCUACAACCUACAGAACAACAGCAGGACUGGGCAGAAAGCAUUGACAAACAGAUAGAGCAGAAUGUGAACUUUGAUGGCCUAUCUGAGGAGGAGGUAUCGGUUAUCAAGGAAAGUCUGCCCAGACCAAGUUCUCACAGUAGAACUGAUCGGCCAGAAAGAUUCACUGAAGAGGAGUAUGCUGUUCUUGCAGCAGGGGAGAAACACCUAAAGCCAAACAGUAAUUUGUCACCAGAAUUCGGGGGCUAUGACAGAAGAUUCUUUAUAACUGACAUUAGUUUAUUCUGUCCCAAGUGGGGAGAUGACUUCCUGGACACCUAUGCAGUUGAUCUCCCUGAUACAGGUCUAACUGGUUGUAGCGUUGCUGUGUGGGAAGACAAAUUGCUCCUAACUGGAGGUGAUGGAGACAUGGGUACCUGUACCGCUCUUUGGUGCUUCAACCUCACCUCACAGACAUGGCAGUUCCAGGACAGCAUGUGCGAACAGCGCUCUUACCACGGCUCAGCUGUCAUCAACAACGUCCUGUACAUAUUUGGUGGUGGCUCAUCUGGCAUGGGCAUCAGGGAGAUUGAGGCUUGGGAUCUGGUGACCAUGGAGCCAUUACGAAAACGGAAGCGAGCUCUUGAGGGCUUCAGUCAGGCAGCAUCUUGUGUUUAUCAGGGGAAGAUCUAUGUGUUUGGAGGGGAGAGGUACUGGAGGGAGGAGCCAUUGCCAUGGAUACAGUGUUACGACCCGAAGAACAACGCGUGGACAAAGACGGAGUCUGUCCUGGUGGCCAAUAAGGGGUCAGCUGCUGCAGUUCUGGGGGACAGGAUUUUAGUGGUGGGUGGGGAGUUGUGGUCUGGUGUGUUGGAAUAUAUCCCACACACUGCACAGGUCAGCACACUGGCAGGCCUGCGCUAUCCACGGGCCUUCCACGGGGUAGCGGUCCUGAGUGGAAAGGUGUAUGUAUUUGGCGGAAAGGAUGUCGCUAACAACGACGAAACCAAACUGUAUGACCUACCCACAGAGCGGUAUGAUGCUGAGUCAGAAACGUGGGUCUGGUUUGACAGUUCACAUGACAACCUGAGGUCUUACUGGGGAAGGGUGUUUGGCUUUGGCUGUGCAGUCUAUCCAGCAAUACAGUAUUCUUUUGAUUGAAGUUACACAGUCUCUCUCAGAAUCUAUUUUGAAACCAUAGCCCGUGUAAGGCAGCUAGGAGCACGAUUUUAGUCAGGCUAUUUGAAACCAUACCAUAUUUUUUUAGCUGGAGCCCCUUUUGUUAACAUUUUCUCUGAUGACCAAUGAUGUAACUAGCAGAUCUGAAGACUAGAGUAGCAGAGGGACAGAAUGAUUUACGUACUAAUGUCACAUACCUGUGUGUUCUUCACACGUAGAGGAACAGUAAAACAAAGUGUACUUAGUGGUACGUAGAGGUCUUCUAGAUGUAUGAAAACAUCCAAUGAAAUAGUGUCACUCUCUCAAAAUGUACUUAUACACACUUUUUACCACUGUACAUACACAUAUACUAAUAGUUACUGUUUAUCUCACAGUUCACGUUUUACUUAUAACUAUAAAGAGGUAAAGAUGCAUAAUGUAGCUUCUUUCAUUCAUAUAGCUUUUGUAGCCAAGUUCAUGUUUACUGAUAACCAUAAAACUGUAAAGAUGAGAAACAGAUGUUUGCAAAAUGUAGCUUCUUUCUUUCAUGUAGCUCUUGUUACUGUAGUUACAUUAUGUUCAGUAAAAUGGUGUAGUAAAAAUAAAACAAUCAAACAGU